AUGAAUUUGUCUUCCUCCUCCUUAAGGUAUGUGGAUCUUGAAUCAACCAAUUUGCAAGGUGUUCUCACAGAGAGCAUUUUCCUUCUGCCAAACUUGGAAACACUCAAAUUGGGUAACAAUGAUCUUCUCAAAGGAGUUUUACCAAAGAUCCACCCGAGCAACACUCUGUUGGAGUUGAGUAUUGCACACACAGGCAUCUCCGGUGAGCUUCCUGAUUCAAUUGGCACCUUGAGUUCCUUGAAUAUCUUGUACCUCCGAGGAUGUCAAUUCUCUGGUUCCAUUCCCGAUUCCAUUGGAAAUCUAACCCAUAUUACGGAGUUGGCUUUAUCUCUUAAUCAUUUCACUGGCCAUAUUCCUUCCACAAUCCCUAAAUUGAAGCACCUCACACAUUUAUAUCUUUCUGACAACUCCCUUGGAGGCGUAAUUCCCCAUGUUUUCUCUAACCUCCAAGAGCUAGUUGAAUUGGAUCUUUCUAAUAACAACUUUCACCGGGUUCACUACCUUCAUCCAUAUGUAACUUCGCGCAACAACUUCAGUAACUCGAUUCCAAAUUGCUUGGGUAUCAUGGCUAAUCUAACGAUGUUGGACAUAAGAAGUAACAAUUUCAGUGGGAGUCUUCCACUGUUAUGUACUCAAAGCACUUCAUUGACGACCAUUAUCUUAAAUGGUAAUCAAUUCGAAGGAUCUGUCCCUGCGUCAUUACUCAACUGUGUUGGUUUAGAAGUUCUUGAUUUGGGGAAUAACGCUAUAAAUGACACAUUUCCAGCUUGUCUUGGAACUCUUCAAGAGCUGCAAGUCCUUAUAUUAAAGUCGAACAAGUUCCAUGGACCUAUAAAUUCUAGGAAGAAGUUUUGCUUUCCUAGGUUGCAGAUUUUUGAUCUCUCUCAUAAUGAGUUCAGUGGCUCACUGCCUGCAGAUUUUUUUAGAAACUUCAAGGCAAUGACAAAAAAUGGCACAGACAAAAGUGACAUUAGAUAA